AUGCAGAGCAGCUCCGACUCGCCCAACCCCAAUCCCCCGCCAAAUCCCCCACCGCUCCGCCGCCGCCGCAGACCCCAACCAUCCAACCCUCAUCCCCGCCGCUUCUUCUUCUCAUCGCCGUCCGCCCGCCAACCCUCAGCCGCCUCCCACCGCCGAUCGCGUAUCGCCGUCCGAUUCUCUGACGAGUCCGCCUACGCCUCAAAUGUGAGGCCGUACAACAAUUACCUCCGCCCCGGCGACGCCGUCAUCCUCCUCCACGUCCGCCCUACCUCCGUCCUCUACGGCGCCGACUGGGGAUCGAUCGACCUCUCUCCGCCCUCUGAAACUACAAAUGAAGAAUCUCAGCAGAAGCUUGAGGACGAUUUCGAUGCUUUCACUUCGACCAAGGCUCAAGAUCUCGCUCAGCCGUUGGUCGAAUCACAGAUCCCCUUCAAGAUUCAUAUCGUGAAGGAUCAUGAUAUGAAGGAGAGGCUUUGUCUUGAGGUUGAGAGGCUUGGGCUGAGUGCGGUGAUCAUGGGGAGUCGAGGAUUUGGGGCUUCUAGAAGGGGAAGUAAGGGGAGGCUGGGGAGUGUUAGUGAUUACUGUGUGCAUCACUGCGUUUGCCCUGUGGUGGUGGUGAGGUUUCCGGAUGAAGGGGCCGGGCGGCGAGCGGACCGCGUGGCGGAGAAGGAGGCGGAGGUGGAGCUGCACCCAGUGCCGGAGGAGGAGCAGGAGUAUCAUGAUGCUGACGAGGAACAGAAAGGUACGACGGGUUCUUGA